GUUUGGGUCAAUACUCUUUAACGGGUGGAUUGGCAGACAACCCACAUACAAGCCAACCCAACUCAACCAUCUGCCAAGUCCCACCUCCCGCCUCCAAGUAUGAAACUAAAAGGUUGCCCACCCAACUCAUAACUAGUUUGCUCGCUCUUAAUUACCCUAUAAAGGGUUUAAAACAUUCUCAAGUGGGAUUUUAAAUAAGCAGUUCUAAGUGGAUUUUUGUCGAACACUUUGCAUGCGAUCGAACUAGGCGAAACUCAAGCAUCGAACAUGGGAAAGAGAAACAGGAAACCCAAAACUUCUGUUGAAGCCCCAAAAUCUAUCACCACCUCCCAAGAACAGCUGCAGUCUAAGUGCUAUGAGGGAGAAGAUCUUACUCGUUUACUCGAAUCGAUAAAGAGGGAGAUAGAGUUGGCAAAGCUUUCAAAGGGAACCUUGCCUGAAAAGAUAUGGAUAAAGCAACAAUUUUCAAUCGGGGUUAAUGAUGUAACUCGUGUGCUAGAACGAAUGACUACACAUGCUGAAUUGGGAAAUUCUCUUCAGAAGUCAUUGAUACUCCCCUCUGGUUGUAAGGCUCCUUUAAUUGAGCUUCAGGCCAUACUGUUAGCUUCAGAUUGCAACCCACGGUGGCUGACAAGGCAUCUUCCAAGCUUGUCCUCUUCAAGGAGAGUCCCACUAAUCUUUGUCAAAGAUCAGAAAGGUGGUUCUUUGAGAUUAGGAGAACUUGUGAAUCUAAAGACAGCUAUAGCAAUUGGUAUAAAGGCUAAAGGAAGUGGCAUUAAUAAACUUAUUGAUGAAGUUCUUCAAGACAACAAAACAGCUGAUGGGAAUGGUUUGCCUGAAGCUAGUUCAGUUGUUCACAUGCUAUCAACAACCUGAACUCUGCUUCUAGUUGCUUUUCAAACUUUCUAACAUGCUUUGCAUGCAAGAAUGGAAUGCAGAAGCUGAGCCAACCAAACUGGGGAUAAUUCGAUGGUACUAUACACCAAAAGCUGACCUAUUUUGUUGUCAAGUUUCUUCUGCUUUCAAUGAAAUUUUCGAUUCUACAGUCUCUACUUGAACAGAACCUUGAUGGGAGCACGAGGAUAUAUGAUAUUGCUCUUUUGCCUUUCUAACCCUGUAAAAUCACCCUCAAUGAGGGAAGAAGGAUCCUUUUAUGGACAUCCUUGUGAAAUUUGAAAUCUUCACAGAAACCAAUAGGUGGCCCCAUUUUGGUAUAUCUAAUCUAACAGUUGAUUCAUCCAAAUGUCUAA